AUGCAUCUUUUGUCUUACUCAGAUGUGCACAUUGGGGCGGUAGCCAGUCUUCCUUUGGAGCUCUAUAAUCGAAGCCCAGUUCAGGCGAUUGUCGAGUUUCGUUUGAACCAAAGACGUCACCACGAUUUCAGAUUUGAUUUCAGACCGGAAGAAGGUGGUUUAGAGAAAAAUUCGGCUUUCACGACAGAUUUAAUUGCCGGCCAUAACCAAACAAGGCAAAAUUCUUCAAGAGCAAACUACAGUCUUCCAUGUCUGCCGGAGGGCUCCGUAGUCCCACCUUUGUUGAGUCAUCAGGAAAGAUCGGAAAAUAAGAUUAUGUUGAUCCGAGUUCUUUUGCAGCCAAAUUCUAGACGCAUAGGGCAGUUUAUUUUUCAGCCAACAGAGGUUGCAUCCCAUGACUUCCUACUGGACGCAUUGGUGAAUGGUCAGCCACAGGCCCGACUCCCGCCUACUGCAGACCCAGGAAGCCCGACUUCCCUCACCCAAACGCUGAACCUGCCCACUUUUCGUGUUUGUGAUGGGAGAGACUCCGGUUUAGCAGCAUUAGAUCAGGUGGGCAGCAGGAUCAGAUGUCGCCGAAGACAGGGGAUCCAGUGCAUGGAAAGAACGCUUUGCCGGAGAGUACGAGGCAUGGGACUUUGCAAGCCUCUCGAAAUGACGCCAGAUAACUUUAAGUUGAGCUUUGAUUGCUAUCUUCCGGAUUGCCUAGAACAGUCUGAAGGAAAGCCAACUCUGAUUAGGGAUUUGGUCCUUACUUCUAUGAGCAAAACACGGAUUGGAUGGAGCCUCGGGAUUCGAGAAAUCAAAAAGUUCAACGCAGGAGAACUGGGGGAGCUCAACAUAUUAUAUGCUAGCGAUAAUGCUGGAAUCGGGGAUGACGGCAUCAACCUAUGCUGUCAACAUGAAGGAGACUUUAUCUCAGGCACUUUAGAAGGAAGCGGAUGCGCAAUAAAGAUGAAGAUAAAAUUGAAGCCAACCACCUGA